UGAGACGCAACAAGUCAAGAAGUCAUUAUCAGAAACCAACUUGCAGCGAACGUGCGAUCUCACCUUUCAGAGAUAGCUAAGAUUUAACUACCUAAUCGUUCCAUCUCUGUAUAAUAGCGCUUGUAUCUCGGUAGGAGAGCCAAUUUAUUACGGUGGGGGUAUCGAAGGCAUCAUAAGAAACACAUCUGUAGAUUUUCAACAAGCCACUCGCCGCUCGACAUGGAGAUCAUAUCACAUACCUUGCCACGAAGUGCUCAUGGAAUCACGACGGACGACACCGUGAUAUGCCGAACAUUCCCAAAACGGAGAUCGUUGAACACGGCCAGGAGUUUUGAUCGUCAAUACUGCAAUACUUCCCUGCCGCUGAGCUUGGAGAGCAGUUCGUCUUCGAGUCCCUUAGUGAAGAGAACGGAAUCGACGAAAUACAGCGAUGGGCUGUUUCGUGGCUGCUUUUCAAAAUUAAAUCGAAGGAAUAUUGUCAUGAGGAAUCAACAACCGAUGCGAUCCUCCAGCUUCGAUACGGAAGGGAAGCCAUCCUCCCAUCCCCAGAGUUACCGCAUCAAGUCCCGGAGAGGGGCCGUAACCUCCGACCUAUCUCCAGCUUCAAGCGAUACAUCUGUCGAAGAGAGCCAUGAUCACCAAGACUGCACAUCGAAGGUGACUGAGAUGGUGACAACCUCAGCUCCAUGUUCACCUCAGAUGACACUAAUCAACCCAAGGAGACCGAAGUCAGCACACGAAGCAGACAUGAGUAAUCACUUUCAUAGCGUGUCCGAGGUUGGCCCUACGCUAGCAUCCUUUGCUGCCGUGCACCUUCAAGAUUUCAUAGAGGCUAGUGCUCAGGGGCUUGAUACCGAUUCUACAAGUGAACAAGGUAACAAAUUGCUUAUAUAUCUUUCAAGUUUCCUACACUUCGGUGUCACGUUAAUUGAGGUUUAAUAAUUUUCAUGCACCAACAUUAAUUGAUUG